UUGAAAAACAUGGUGGCGACUAUGACAGCAAAACCCGAAUAAAACACUCCGAGACUCCUGCAGAUUUACCGGCCGAACCGAACCGGACACUUAUGUCAGCGGUCCGCGUUUAGUGUUCGGCGCUUGUUUGUGAGUCCGGCGCUCUUAUGACGCCCGUGUGUUUGUGUUCCAGCCGCAGGAACCGCAGAGAUGAUGGAAGACGAGGAGCGACAGAGGAAAUUACAGGCCGGUAAAGCCAAGCUGGCCGAGUACCGUCAGAGGAAAGCUCAGUCUGAUGGACAGAAGAAGCAGAAGAAGAAGAAGAAAAAGCCGGAAUCUGAGGUGGAGGAGCGUGUGAGAGAGGAGCCAGGGGAAAAUAAUGGAGAUCAGCCCGAGGGAGAACAGAACACUGUGUUUUCAAUCUCAAAGUCCCUCCGUAGUGGAGAAACCGUCACACACAACCAGAUGUACACUAUAGAGCAGGAGAGUGAGGUGUCCACGACGGCAGAAGACUGCUCCUCUGAGGUAAAUGGUUUCAGCGAGAGGACAGAAAGAGAGUUAUCGUCCUGUGUGAUUGUGGAGGAGGAUUUACAGCAGUCUGAAUUGCACAUGGAGCCUGACCUCGAGAGCAGCGGCCCUCAGAGUCGAAAACAGGUCAUGGAGGACGAGUUGGCCGCCAAAAACAUGGCCAUGGAAGAGCUGAACCAUGGACUCGAGGAGAUCAGAGCUGCGUUUGGAACUGAAGGAGUGCAGCAACUGCAGGACUUUGAGGAAGCGUUGAAACAGAGAGAUGAAAUUAUAACGCAGCUCACGGCGAAUCUGCAGCAGGCGCGAGCCGAGAAGGAGGAGGUGAUGAGGGAGUUUCUGGAACUGACGAAACAAAGCCAGAAACUGCAGAUUCAGUUCCAACAGCUGCAGGCAGGUGAAAUACUGAGAAGCUCCAAUAUCAGCUCAACUGCUGCAGAUCUUCUGCAGGCCCGUCAGCAGAUAUCACUGUACCAACAACAGCUGGAAGAGAAGGAUGCACAAGUCAAAGGUCACCAGGAGCAACAGCUUUUAUUGAUUACACAGCUUCAGGAGAGACUGAGUGAAGCUGAAAGGGUUCACACACAAGCUGAACAAUCAUUUGCUCAUGGUUUAAGAGAAAAAGAAGAGCAAAACUCUGAACAGCAGUGUCUGAUCUCAAAGCACCUUCAGUCAUUAGCUCAACUCCAGGAUCAACUUCUGAACUCCUCACAACAACUGGAGGAAGUGAACAAACAUCUGACUGUGAAGACCCAAGAGCUGGAGAACUGUGAAAGGGAACUCUCCGUUUCCAGACAGAAAGAGAGAAUGUCGUCCGGAGAAAUCUUACAGCUCAUGAAAACUGUAGAAGACCUUCAGCAACGCUGCCACCAGGGCAGCCAAUCAGAGGGCGAGACGCUGCAGAGAAUGGAAGAUGAUUGGACGUGUAGGUUGGACCAGUUACGAGCCGAAUUGGACGAAAUGUACGGACAGCAGAUUGUGCAGAUGAAACAGGAACUUCGAGUCCAACACACGGCGGAAGUAGAUCAAAUGAAGGAGCAGCAUGCUGCAGAUGUGGAGAAGAUCGUUCAACAGCAUCGAUCAGAGCUGGAGAGGUUCAAAGGUCAACUGUCUCAGAGCAUCGGAGGGGUCAACGUUCUUAACGUGAAGGUCAUCGAGCUACAGAACAAGCUGCAGGAGUCCCAGGUGUUGCGAGAGAAAGCGGAGCAGGAAUUAACGCGGAUGAGCGCAGAAAAACUCAAUCUAGCGAGCCAAGUUGAACGUUUGCAUCAGGAGCUGACGUACACAAGAGCUGAAGUGGAAAUAAGAUCCAAGAGUCCAGAGAAAAGCCAGACAGAGAUGCAACUCCUGCGUGACGCGAUUAGCGACCUGCAGACGCAACUGGACAUCGUGCAGAAGGCCAACGGCGACCUCAAGGCCAAACAUGAAUCCGAGAUCACGAACUACAAAAUCAAACUGGACAUGCUGGAGCGUGAAAAGGAUGCUGUGCUGGACAGAAUGGCUGAAUCGCAGGAAGCAGAGCUGGAACGGUUGAGGACGCAACUUCUUUUCAGCCACGAAGAGGAGCUAUCGAGACUCAGAGUCGACCUUCAACGGGAAAGCCAGCUGAACGUUGAGAACUUGAGAGGCGAUAUGACCGCGAGGCACCUUGAGGCCAUGGAACUCCUUCGGAUGGGCUUUGAGGACAAAUUGCGAUCUGUUGAGAGCGAGAGGGCAGUGUUAGCGACUGAGAGAGUUUCGCUUCUUCAGGAGAUCGUGGCACUGAAAAACGAUCUGAAUCAAGUGCUGGAAAGCUCUCGAGCUGAAGAACUGGUUGCAGAGCUGAAAGAAUUGCAGGUAGAAAUCGAAGAUCUGAGACGGAGAGAUAGCGAAAGAGUGACAAUGAAAAACGACGAUUGGGAGAAGGAAAGAAAAGAAAUGGCAUGUGAAAAUAAGACUUUGAAAGAGUCGAACGCAGCCAUGAAGGACGAACUGACGCUCUUGAAACAAGAUCGUGAAAUUCUCCUUCGGAAAGUCGACAGUCUCUCGAUAGAAAGUGAACAGAAACACAAACAAUUGAAGGAUUUUCAAGAUGAGAUCGAAAAACAGAAAAACACCUUUUCUUUCGCCGAAAAGAACUUCGAAGUGAACUACCAGGAGCUUAAGGACGAGUAUACGUGCCUGGUGAACGCUAAGGUUCUACUUGAGGAGCGUUUGAUCAAAGAAACAAUGGAAUACGAGGCGAAACUCUGUGAUCUCAAUACCGAGCUUAAAACGAGAUCCUUGAGGGACAAAACGGGUGAUGAAGAGGCGGAUGGGAGAAUGCUGAUUGAAAAAGACACAACUGAGCUGAUGGAAAAACUUGAAAUGGCCGAGAAGGAGAAGAACGACUUGGCGGAGAGGCUCUCAGAAACGGUCGCUCAAGUAACGCUGAUGGAAGACGAGCUGAAGAUGGCGAAGAGAGAAAGAGAUGAGAUUGUUGUGAGAAAUAAAGAGCUGGAAUCUCAACGACAAACCCUCAUUCAGCCCUUUGAAAACUGCAUUGUCGCUGGUGGUUUGUGCUCUGUAGAAACGCAUCACAUGCACAUAAAAUCUUUGAAAGAGGAAAUAAUGACGCUUCAAUCAUCUCUACUGAGUGUUGAACAAGAGCGCAGCUUUUAUCAGGAGCGCCUCAUUGCCUUGUCACAUGAAAACCCUGCGCUAAAGGAGCGUUUGUCCUCGCGUGGGGGGACGUACAGAUACCCCUCCCCUCAGACGGCAGUGUGGAGCGAGAGAGAGACACCUCAGAGUACUACAGCAAGCCACACAGCAGCGCAUGAGGAUCCGCUUACAGCACUUGACGGCAGGCGCAAAUGCCCACAGCAGGUAAAGACGGGAGACACUCCAGCCAAUGGGGAUGCUGUCAGACAUGACAUGAUGCAGCUACAGGACAUGGACAGCUCUGAGCAUGAUGAGUGUCGGCUGCAGAUGGAGGCGCUGCGCAUCAGUCUGUCUCAGAUUCACGCAGCUCAACUGGAAGUGCUCAGAGAGAGCUUGUUUGCACAGAUGCAGGAGCAGCUGCGCAGCCGAGAGGAGGAGCUGUGGGACGCACAUGCGCAUGAGCUGCAGAAUUUGCAGGAUGAGUUGAAGAGAGAGCAGCAGGGGGUCAGGGGUCAGCACACAGAGCUGAAAGAGUCAUCUGUCCAGCAGUUGAAGUCAGAGUUUCAGGAGCGUUCAGCUCAUCUGGAGGAGAGUCACAAACAGGAGAUUGAGCAUCUGAAGAUCUACUAUCAGCAGCAGAUGGAGGAGAAACAGGAGCGUUUCACAGCUGAGAUUCUCCUGCUGCAGCAGAAACUCCAGGAGCUCACAGGAGCAGAAGAACUCUUCAGCGUGCCAAGCGUCUGUCAGAGCCAGGCGAGAGAUGAGCAGCAUGAGCGCGUGCAGGACGAGGAGUCUCUCUCUAUAGAUGCUGAAGAAGAGCUGGUGUCUGCAGGUCUGUGGCGUGAGCUGCAGGCAGUGCAGGAGGCCCCGUAUGAGAGCUCGUGUGAAGAGGUGACUGAUCUGGAUGUAGAGAGAGUGAGAGACGCUCAGAUCAGAUCUCAUCCAGAGGAAACACAUCUCACACACUUACAGGAGAAACAUCAUCAAGAGCUGCUGGUGCAGGAGAUCGCCAAGGUGAUUGUUCAGAUAUCAGUUGAAUUCGCUCAACAGACUGAACUAAGCCGCAUCAGUAAACGGACCCGAGAGACGAGCACAGCCGUACAGACUGACGACACUGAAGAAGAAAUGAGGAGAGAGUCUGAGAGGAGCAUGAGUCGAGAGGAGAGAGUUACUGAUGAUUGGUCUGAUUCUGUUACCGUGAUGAAAUCACAGAGAUGCCCACAGUCUUCUGAUGAAGAACACACCUUCAAAACUGAAGAAGAAACACAUGAGGAUGGAGAUGAUGAUGAUGAAGAAAGUGAAAUCAUCCCAUCAGAGACACAGUUUGAUGAAGAUGAUAGUGAGAAGUGUAAAGAAGAGCAGGAGGACCGAGAGAUCCCACCAGAGCUGCCUGAUGAUGAUGAUGAUGAUGAUGAUGAUGAUGAAGAUGAAGAUGAAGAUCAGCGUGGAGUCAUGCUAUCAGAGGAGUUUCAUUCAGAGCUCAUUCAGCAGGAAGAGGAACACACUCGUGUGCUGGAGGAGCUCAGAUAUUCACACACACAACAGAUGGAGGUUUACCUGGAGCAGAACACACACCUCAUCGCACAGAUACACACACUCAACCAACAGCUGCUGCAGAGAGAAGAGGAGCUGCAGCAGAUGAAGAGUGAGACACAGAGAGAUCAACAAUCAUAUCCUUGCAUGCAAAACAGCAGCACACAGACAGAGCAGAAGAGAAAGGAAGAGGAGGUGAUGAAGGGCAGAGGUCAUGAAACAACUGUGACAUCACAGUCACCUGCACAAGAUCCAGAGCUCUCAUCUGAUGUCAUCACUACAGAGAGGGAUUUGUUGCGAAAGGCGAACCGUCGCUUGCGUCAGGUGUUGAUUGAUGUUUUGAAGACGACAGCAGCGGCAGAGGAAACUAUCGGCCGUCACGUAGAGGGAAUCCUGGAGUCCAGCAAGAGUCAGCUGAGAGCUACCUGGAAGAAGAUCCCAACUGAGGGAUUCAAACCAUACACACUUACACCAGGACCUGCAGGAGACGCGUCCUCUGAGAGUUUCCAUGGCAGUGAGAUGGGCGCUGACAUCAGCGUGUUUUCAGGGGAGACUGAUGAAGGACUGGAGAUGUCGCAGAAGAUCCCGGGGGUGGAGCUACAGCUGCAGGAGGUGGAGCUUCAGCUGGAGAGGGAGGAGUAUCUGAUGAGCAUCAGCACACGACUGCAGAACGCCGUGGAGAAACUGCUCAUCACCAUCACCGAGACAUCCACACAGCUGGAACAUGCACACGUCACGCAGACGGAGUUGAUGCGAGAGAAGUUCAGGCACAAUGAGGAGAUCGAGGAGCUCCUGCGCAGACAGGAAGAGCUGCAGGAGCAUCUCAGUGAGGAGGGUCGAGCACGAGAACAACUGGCACUGGAGCUGCACAAGGCUGAAGGUUUGAUUGAUGGAUACACAGGAGAGCGUUUGGCUCUAGAGCAGCAGAUCCGCGAGCGAGCAGAACUUCAGCUGCACUUCGAACAGGAGCUGCACGUGACCAGCAGUCGUCUGCAUGAACUCGAGCAGGAGAGACUCCAAAUACAGCAGGAGAGAGAGCUGCUGUCACGGCAACAAGACGCCAUGAAAGAUGGGGCGGGGUCACGAGAGCUGCGACUAGUUGAAGCUGCUAUUGAUGCAGCACCUGAAGCAGAUCUGCUGGAGGAGACGGAGAAGCUGAUGGCGGAGAAGGUGGCGGUGCAGCGGCAGGCACAGAAGGAGAGCGACGAGCUGCAGCUGCAGGUGAGACAGCUGGAGGCGGAGCUUGAGGAGCAGGUGAGCCGUCUGCAGGAGCUGCAGGAGCUGCACAGGACUGAAGGAGCUGACCUCAGACAACAGAUACAGGCCUUGGAGAAACAGCUCGAGAACAACCGCAAGUUCAUGGAUGAGCAGGCAGCGGACAGAGAACACGAGCGAGACGUCUUCCAGCAGGAGAUUCAGAAUCUGGAGCAGCAGCUGAAGAAUCCACCCAAAACACACGCAGCCAGUGAGCAGAGAGACAGAGAGGUGCAGGAGUUGCGUGCGGCGCUGCAGGAGAAGUCCGACUGGUGCAGUGAGCUGCUGUUGAGCUCUGAGCAGCUGCAGCGAGAUGUUCAGGAGAGAGACGAGGAGAUCGACACGCUCGGAGCGCAUGUGACAGAGCUGCAGCACUCACUCAUGCAGCGGGUUGAGGAAGUUCAGCAUGUGUCUAUGGGUGGCCGUGUUGAUGUCACACUGGAAGCACAGCUGCAGACUGAGAGAGAGGCUCUGGACAGGAAGGAGAAAGAGAUAGUGAAUCUUGAGGAGCAGCUGGAGCAGUUUCGUGAGGAGCUGGAGAAUAAGAGCGAGGAGGUGAAUCAACUUCACAUGCAGCUGGAGAUCCAGAGGAAGAAGAUCAGCAGCCAUCAGCAGGAGCUUCAGGAUCACACCAGACUCACACAGGUGUUGGAGGAGAAGGACAGACAAAUAGCCGUUCUUAACGAACAGAUCACUAAACUACAGCACACAGGAACAGAGCCUGAGAAAGAGGUGUUGGAGGAGAAAGAUGAAGUUCUCCAUGAGCUGGAGGCGCAGGUGGAGUAUCUGCAGAGUGAACAGGAGCGUCUGAAGAGGAACAGCGAGGAGGAGGUGGACCAGCUGAACGCUGUCAUUGAGAAACUCCAGCAGGAGCUGUCGCACAUCGAACACAAGCAACCUCAGGAGGACGAGACACCCAGUGUGAGGGAAGAGUACGACGAGAUGAAGCAGAAGAUGGACGAGGUCACCAGAGAACUCGACACGCUGAAGGCCGACCACAGCUCGCUGAAGAGCAGAUACGAGAGUCUGCAGGAGGAGGCGUUCGUUGAGAGAGACUCUGAGAUGGUUGCGGAGCUCGAGGAGGCGCUGAUGGAGAAGACCGCAGCAUUUGUGGUGGUCCAAGCUGAGGUUCAGGCUCUUGAGGAGAGCGCUGGGUCAAGGGUGAUGAGUUUGAGUCAGCGUGUGGAAGAACUUGAGAUCUGUGUGGAGGAGAAAGACUCGGAGCUUCGCGCCUGCAGACUAAAGGUGGAACAAGCGCAAACCGACGCAGGCACUCUUUACCGCAAAGUCAUCGACCUUGAGGAGAAACUCAGGGAGAAGGUGGCCGCCGUGCUGGUCAGUCAAGCGCAGCUCGAAGCAGUUCAGAGCCAAACCAAAGAGCUCCACGCUGAGGCCCGCGCGGAAGACGUCACAUCAGAAGUGGUGGGCCUCAGGGUGGAGCUGGAGUCUGAGGACGUGGCGUCUACACCAGCCUCAGGAGGGAAGAUGAGCCUCCUGACGGAGAAGCUGAAGGAGCUGGAGGAGGGAUUGAGUGGGAUGCAAAAGGAUCAAGAGCUGCAGAAACAGUUGUUGAGCAGCUCUGAGGAGGACGUGCAGGAGUAUGAGAGGAGAUUAGCUAUUCUCAUGGAGCUACUCAACCAAAUGAGAACCAAACCGACCCAACACAGACCGCUGCCAUCUGCUGAGCAUGCCUCACAAGAGGGUCCGGACCAGUCCACAUCAGAGCUGCUGCAGGAGCUGCAAGAGGUCAAAGGUGAAGCUGUGUCCACCAAAGAGGAGUUGAACAGCUACAGAGAGCGCAGUCUCAAACUACAGGAGGAGAUCGAGGGGUCAGGGGUGCUGCAGGAACUGCAGGAGGUCAAAGGUGAAGUUACGUCCACUAAACAGGAGUUGAACAUCUACAGAGAAUUAAGCCAUAAACUGCAGGAGGAGAUCGAGAUGAAGGAAAGCACUAUUGCACAGCUCCAGACGGCCCUCAGUCAGGUGUCAACAGACUCGUGUGAGGAAGACGGUGUGGCUGCUAAACUUCACCAGGAACUGCAGGAGGUCAGAGGUCAGAUGGCGAGCACACAACAAGAACUGGACGGCUACAAGGAUCAGAGCGCCACACUGCAGGAGCUGCUGCAGGAGAGAGAAAUGAGCAUCGCUCGACUGAAGGAUCAGCUGGACAGGCAUGCCUCACAAGAGGGUCCGGACCAGUCCACAUCAGAGCUGCUGCAGGAGCUGCAAGAGGUCAAAGGUGAAGCUGUGUCCACCAAAGAGGAGUUGAACAGCUACAGAGAGCGCAGUCUCAAACUACAGGAGGAGAUCGAGGGGUCAGGGGUGCUGCAGGAACUGCAGGAGGUCAAAGGUGAAGUUACGUCCACUAAACAGGAGUUGAACAUCUACAGAGAAUUAAGCCAUAAACUGCAGGAGGAGAUCGAGAUGAAGGAAAGCACUAUUGCACAGCUCCAGACGGCCCUCAGUCAGGUGUCAACAGACUCGUGUGAGGAAGACGGUGUGGCUGCUAAACUUCACCAGGAACUGCAGGAGGUCAGAGGUCAGAUGGCGAGCACACAACAAGAACUGGACGGCUACAAGGAUCAGAGCGCCACACUGCAGGAGCUGCUGCAGGAGAGAGAAAUGAGCAUCGCUCGACUGAAGGAUCAGCUGGACAGGCAUGCCUCACAAGAGGGUCCGGACCAGUCCACAUCAGAGCUGCUGCAGGAGCUGCAAGAGGUCAAAGGUGAAGCUGUGUCCACCAAAGAGGAGUUGAACAGCUACAGAGAGCGCAGUCUCAAACUACAGGAGGAGAUCGAGGGGUCAGGGGUGCUGCAGGAACUGCAGGAGGUCAAAGGUGAAGUUACGUCCACUAAACAGGAGUUGAACAUCUACAGAGAAUUAAGCCAUAAACUGCAGGAGGAGAUCGAGAUGAAGGAAAGCACUAUUGCACAGCUCCAGACGGCCCUCAGUCAGGUGUCAACAGACUCGUGUGAGGAAGACGGUGUGGCUGCUAAACUUCACCAGGAACUGCAGGAGGUCAGAGGUCAGAUGGCGAGCACACAACAAGAACUGGACGGCUACAAGGAUCAGAGCGCCACACUGCAGGAGCUGCUGCAGGAGAGAGAAAUGAGCAUCGCUCGACUGAAGGAUCAGCUGGACAGGCAUGCCUCACAAGAGGGUCCGGACCAGUCCACAUCAGAGCUGCUGCAGGAGCUGCAAGAGGUCAAAGGUGAAGCUGUGUCCACCAAAGAGGAGUUGAACAGCUACAGAGAGCGCAGUCUCAAACUACAGGAGGAGAUCGAGAUCAGAGACGCGUCCAUCGCUCAGUUAAAGGAGAAAGUUCAGGAGCUGCAGAGUGCUUUGAUCAAAUCCAGUGAUGAGCCGCUACAACAGCAGCCGUCAUCUCACCCUAAAAAGAACAGAAACAGACAAGGAGACAACAGAGAGAAUCAUGGGAACAAUGAAAGUGUUGACACGGCCCCCCUUUCCCACAGAAACUCCACUGACCACUCAGAGCGCUCCACCUCCUCCUCAUCUCUGAACGGGAUGUCCCGUGCAUUACAUGUGGACGUGGGUACGCAGGCUGAGCUGUCCAGAUCCGAGGACCUGGAGGAGAUGAUCACGAGCUACACGGAGAAGAUCGGACAGAUGCAGGAGCUCCACGCGGCUGAGAUCAUGGACAUGGAGACGAGACACAUCACAGAGAGCGAGAACCUAAAGAGAGAAAACCAGCAGCUGGAGGAAGAGUGUCGAGCGCUCCGAGACGCCAUAGAGAAACUCAGAACCGCUGAGGGUCCUUCAGUGAGAACGUCAGAACGGCCUGCAGUCUCUCCGUAUAAAGACGUAUACGCCAGCGACAGCAGUUCAGACUGGAGUCAGCGUUCAGGUCGCGACCUUCCUCACCUGCAGCAGGAGUUCAGAACUACACCUGAGGGGGCGCGGAGAGACAUCGAACCGGACGUCCUGCCCGACAGGAUCAAGAUUCUGCUGCGUGAGGUUCAUCAGGAGGGCAUGCAGGUUUUGUCUCUGUCUGAAAUACCGCUGUCUGAGGUGGAUGGAGACGGCGCACUGAUCCCCCCUCCGUCCUGGAGCAAAGAGAGAGAUGCGCUCAUCAACACUAUAGAGUCCCACAAAUCACUCAUCAGCAAAUUACAGACAAACACUGACUCACAGGUUGAUGUUGACUGGCGUUCAGAUCUGCUCUCAGCCGUUCAACAGGUGUUUGUUCAAGAGCGAGACGUGCUGAAGAACGUUCUUUACUCUCAUCUGGAGCGCAUGGACACCGCUGAUGCUGUAGUUCAUCUCAGCCAGCUGGAGAGGGCGCUAGUUGAACAGGAUGUUCGUCACAGGGAGCUGAUGGGUAUGUUGUGUUCUGCAGACAGAAACAGUCUGAUCUCAGAAAUCCAUCAGCUCAGAACUCAACUCAGUACACUCGUCUCAGACGCCCCCAACACACCACACACACGGCAUCAUGUGGACACCGCAGCAGGAAUGGAGACAGAGGGCGAGAGAGAACGAUCACAGGUGCUUGAAUCGAGCUCUGACAUACUUGUUCUGGAGGAACUGAAGACUGAACUGACCCAAACCAAACUAGAGCUGGAGACAACAUUAAAAUCACAACACAAACUCCUGAAAGAACUCGACACACUCAGGUCGGAGGUGUCACUAAAGGCCACUGAAGUGGAUUCGCUGACCGAACGACUCUCAGAAGAGCAGAAGAGACUGAGAGAGCUGCAGUGGGUGUUUGAGAAAGAGAAAUGCAGAUCUGAAAGGAUGCAGGAGUCAGAGAGAGAGGAAAUGGAGGACCUUAAACUGUAUCUCGAGGAGCAGCGAGGUCGAGCUGUCGAGCUGUCGAGCUCUCUGGAGAAAGAGAGACAGAUCUCAGCUCAGCUCAGAGAGCAUGCCGACGGGCAGCAGGAGCGAGAGAUCAGCGUCUCCUCUGAGCUGCAGGUGCAGUUAGACGCUCAGAGAGCUCGUGCAGCUGAACUCUGCAGUGCUUUAGAGAAACAGAAAGAACUGAACACACAACUGAUUCAACAGAUUCCAGAUGAACUCAACGCCCGCUCAAACCCAGCAGAAGUCUGAGACACAUCAGACCUUCAUACAGGCUGAAGCCACCUGCAGUCAGGUGGAGGCCGGGGUUUUCUCUGUCGAGUCUCUGUUGCAGACGCUGCAGACACAGUUGGCAGAGAAGCAGACACAGGUGGUGCAGAUGAUGGAGGAGCUGGAGAGACAGAAACUGGACGCGGUGCAGCGCAAACGACAAUUUGAUGAGGA